CGUAACUGUAUGUAACAACGGUUUCAAAUCUCUUUGACAAAACAUUUAAAUUAAUAACUAAAAUAAAACUCCAAACAUCUUUAAUUGUGUUAAUUUUUUAAACCUGAUGUUUAUAACCUUCUUAGUUUUUACAACAGUCUGUACAUAUACACAACUUUAUAAUAACAUGCACACAUUUACCUUUUUCUUGACUAAACACAGGUAAAAAAAAUGAGGUUAUCAUGAGGUUGUUAACAUCGCAAUUUAUCAGUGGAUGUUUGCAAGAACUGUUUGUAAACAGCUUGUUUCCUGACGGACACACACAGCGUUGAGUCCAUGGAUGGGGCGGUUUGGAAUUAGGCCUUCUUCUUCUUCUUCUUCUUCUUCUUCUUCUUCUUCUUCUUCUUCUUCUUCUUCUUCUUCUUCUUCUUCUUCUUCUUCUUCUUCUUCUUCUUCUUCUUCUUCUUCUUCUGUUGAAGCGUGCGGCAGACUAACACAGCAGGGCGUGUUGAACCCCCUACAGGUCAGUUGAAGAGCUGCAUCGAUUCGCUUACAUCGUUGCGCCGUGUCCAUUGCGAUGAAGAAAGACAGAAUAAUUGCUACAUCAGCUGGCAAGGAGAAGCAGCAGGAGGUCUCAGCAGCAGUGAGAGACAAUGGACAGACACCUGCUGACUUCAGCAGUAUCUACAGCAAAGAUCUGCUCCCAGCUGCAGGAGGCGAGGAGAUGACCAGAGGGUUCCUGCAGGAGCUGGUUCACAUCCUGUUGACCUACAUCAGCAAGUCCAGUCAGAGGAGCUCCAAGGUCCUGGACUUCCACCACCCUCACCAGCUGAGGGAGGGGCUGGACGGCUUCAGCCUGGAGCUGCCCGACCAACCAGAGAAUCUGGAGCAGAUCCUGGUGGACUGUAGAGACACUCUCAAGUAUGGAGUCCGUACAGGUCAUCCCCGUUUCUUCAACCAGCUGUCUUCAGGUCUGGAUGUGAUUGGUGUAGCAGGAGAGUGGUUAACCUCGGCAGCCAACACCAACAUGUUCACAUAUGAGGUGUCUCCUGUUUUCAUCCUCAUGGAGGAGUUUCUGCUGAAGAAGAUGCAAAGCAUUGUGGGGUGGUCUGCGGAUGUGGGAGAUGGAAUUUUCUGUCCAGGAGGAACAAUAUCCAACCUGUACAGCAUCCUGGUGGCCAGAUACCACUUCUACCCCGAGGUGAAGACGAGAGGCAUGGGAGCCCUGCCCCGGCUGGCCCUCUUCACCUCAGAACAUAGUCACUAUUCAGUGAAGAAAUCUGCAGCCGUGCUGGGGAUGGGCAGCGAGAAUGUGUUCGUGGUGAAAUGUGAUGAAAGAGGGAAAAUGAUUCCUGCUGACCUCGAGUCUUCCAUUGUUGCAGCUAAAGAAAAGGGUUUGGUUCCAUUCUAUGUGAAUGCGACAGCAGGAACCACGGUGUACGGAGCCUUCGAUCCUCUCAACGCCAUCGCUGACAUCUGCCACAGACACACACUGUGGAUGCAUGUUGAUGCGGCGUGGGGUGGAGGCCUGCUGAUGUCAGACAGACACAGGAUGAAACUACAGGGCAUUGAACGAGCCUGGUCCGUCACCUGGAAUCCUCACAAGAUGAUGGGCGUCCCACUGCAGUGCUCUGCCAUACUGAUCAAGAAGAGGGGUCUCUUACAGGGGUGUAAUGAGAUUGGGGCCACUUACCUCUUCCAGACGGACAAACCCUACGAUGUGAACUACGACACCGGAGAUAAGAGCAUCCAGUGUGGCCGACAUCAGGACGUCUUCAAGCUUUGGCUCAUGUGGAAGGCAAAGGGGUCUGAGGGAUUUGGAUCUCAGGUCAACAAAUGCUUAGAGAAUGCAGAAUAUCUGUACGAUCAGCUGCAGAGCAGGACUGACUUUGAACUGGUCUUCAAACACAAACCGGAGCACAGUAACGUGUGUUUCUGGUACCUCCCCCCCAGCCUGAGGGGCCUGCAGCCUGGCUCUGACAGAGACAUGAGGCUCCAUCAGGUGGCUCCUCGGAUCAAAGGCAGGAUGAUGGAGAAGGGCUCUCUUCUGAUUGGCUAUCAGCCGUUGGGUGCCAAAGUCAACUUCUUCAGGUGUGUGUUCUCCAACCCAGCCACACAACAGGAGGACAUCGACUUCCUGCUGGAGGAGAUCGCCCAGUUGGGAGAGGACUUAUGACCUGUGAUGUGAUUAUUGGAUCUGCACUUCUCUCCGGUUUUCAUUUUGAAGGAAAUUAGUGCACCAUUGUUUUACUGUGCCAUUCACAUUGUAUCCAUACUUUCUAUAAGCCUUUCCAUUUUUGGUGUUCUUAUAGCUUUAAAGUGAGGAGAUUUGAAACUGUACACUAUUUAUUCAUGUUUUCCAUGGUUCUACAGGGUUAUCUGGUGUGAGGUUUUAGAGUCGUCUUAAUCAAGUUAAUGUAACUGAAAAUACAUGGAAUUGUUUGUCGUGAUACCCCUUGAGAUACUGCAUACCACAGGAGAAAGACACAGGCUUUGAAAAAGGUAAUUCUAUUAAAAAAAACACAAUCAUACAAUCUCACGGGUGGGAAAACUAAAAGACAGAAAGUGAAACUGUAGACACAAAGAGAAUAUUAUUUUCAAAAUAAAAAUUAUAAUUAACCACAAGCCUGUAAAUGUUUGAAUUUUAGUAUUUUGAUAUUAAUCAUAGUAAAGACUCACUUUCAUUCAUGUCAUGUGAUUGCUGGGCAGUCUUUGUAGGUAGUGGUGAUGAUGGCCAUGCACAUUUAUAAACCAGCAAAUAUUAAACAGCCAGUUAAUACAGUAUAUUAGUGUUGGGAUCAGUUUAAUCUCUGUGUUUUAUCACAAUCUAAUCUCACAAUAUUUCUUCUAAUUGUCUUUUUCUCCUAGAUUUAAGAAAAAAAAUGCAGAGGGGGAAUAAGUACUGCAUUCAAAGUUGAACUUAAGUAGAAGAACAAAAGUAUUAGCACCAACUUAUACUUUAAGUACCAAAAGCAAAGUACUCGUCGUGCAGUUUGGCACAAAUAAGAACCAUAUAGUUUAUUAUUCAUGUAUUAAUGUGUUCAUAAUUUAAUGUUGCACUUAAACGGUAAAAGUGGGGUUAAUGGUAAUGAUGUUACACACACUGGCUAUCUUAAUUUAUGAUAAUGUAUUAGCUAAUUUAUAUUUUGUAUUAUAAUCUAACCCUGCAAAGUAAAUAAUUACAUAUGUGAAAUAAAUGUAGUGAGUAAAACAUUUGCCUACAAAAUGUAGUGGAGUAUAAAGUAGUAGAAAAUUCUAAAGUACAGUACUCAUUGUAUAUUUUUGCAUAAUGACAAU